CGGGGCGGGACCACCGCCCGCAGGGCCCGCGCCCCUGCGGGGACUCAGAGCCGCUGCAGCCAGAGUCGCUAGCUGGCGGCCGGCAGGUGCCGGGACCCAGGGCCACCCGGGACGCAGAGGCGGCACUAACCACACGGAUCCCGUGGGCGCCUAGAAAUCGCGGAGGACGCGACGGAGCCCCCGCUCGGCCUCGCGCCCCGACAGGCCCCGUCCGGUCGUUGGAGUGAGACUCUCGCGCUGGCCUCGGCGCGGGGUGGGCGCCCCGUCACCUUGCGCCCAGCUCCCCGGGCCGGUUCGCGUAGGGCCGGCCUCCCGGCGCCAUGCCCGGCCUGUACUGCCCCUCCAGCUGGACGCCGCUGCCGCUCACGGACUCCUGGGUCCGGGCCUGCGCCAACGGCCCCUGCCUCAGCGUGCGGGCCCGGCUCACCUACCGCAACCCGCAGCCGCACCCGGUGGACGGCGUGUUCGUGUACCCUCUGGCCGAGGCCGAGGUGGUGUCCGGCUUCGAGGCCGAGGCCGCCGGACGGCGCGUCUCCUUCCAGCUGCAGAGCCGGCGCCGCUCGCAGGCCGCCUGCUGCCGCGCUCUGGGCCCCGGGUUAGGGACCCCGACGCCCCGCCGCUGCGCGCAGGGUCAUCUUGUCUUGGAUCUGGCCCAGGCCCGGUCCACGUUGGUGCUGCCCACAGGCCUUAUCGCCGCGGCUGGCACCAUGACAGUGACCCUGCACAGCAGCCGGGAGCUGCCCUCAAGGCCUGACGGGGUGCUGCAUGUGGCCCUGCCCACUGUGCUCACCCCACUGGCCCCGCCAGGCCCGCUGGGGCCCCCCAGGCCUCCGGGGCUCUGUGACGACAGCCCCACCAGCUGCUUCGGGGUGGGCAGCCCUCAGGAGGAAGGGCUGGCGUGGGAGGAGCCAGCUGCCCCUCAGGACGUGUUCUCAGGCCCUGCCCGAUGCCCUGCCCCAUAUACCUUCUCCUUCGAGAUGCUGGUGACUGGGCCAUGCCUGCUUGCAGGCCUGGAGAGCCCCUCUCAUGCCCUGCGGGCAGAUGCCCCCCCUCAUGCCAGCUCUGCAGCCACCAUCUGUGUCACACUGGCAGAGGGCCACCACUGUGACCGGGCCUUGGAGAUCCUGCUACACCCCAGUGAGCCCCAUCAGCCACACCUGAUGCUGGAGGGCGGCAGCCUGAGCUCAGCAGAAUAUGAGGCCCGGGUAAGGGCCCGCCGAGAUUUCCAGAGGCUACAGCGAAGGGACAGUGAUGGGGACCGGCAGGUGUGGUUCCUGCAGCGACGCUUCCACAAGGACAUCCUGCUGAACCCUGUGCUGGUGCUGAGCUUCUGCCCGGACCUGAGCUCCAAGCCCGGACACCUGGGGACAGCUACUCGGGAGCUACUCUUCCUGUUGGAUGGCAGCAGCACGGCACACAAGGAUGCCAUUGUUUUGGCUGUGAAGUCCCUCCCGCCUCAGACGCUUAUCAACCUGGCCGUGUUUGGGACGUUGGUGCAGCCACUCUUCCCAGAGAGCCGGCCUUGCAGUGAUGACGCUGUGCAGCUGAUCUGUGAGAGCAUUGAGACCCUGAAGAUUCCAAGCGGGCCUCCAGACGUGCUGGCUGCUCUGGACUGGGCCAUGGGGCAGCCCCAGCACAGGGCCUACCCUCGGCAGCUGUUCCUGCUCACUGCUGCCUCACCCAUGGCUGCCACUACCCACCGAACCCUGGAGCUCAUGAGGUGGCACAGGGGGACAGCCAGAUGCUUCUCCUUUGGGCUGGGGCCCACCUGCCACCAGCUGCUCCAGGGUUUAUCUGCCCUCAGCAGGGGCCAGGCCUACUUCCUGAGGCCUGGGCAGAGGCUGCAGCCCAUGCUGGUGCAGGCUCUGCGGAAGGCACUGGAGCCUGCCCUGAGUGAUAUCUCUGUGGACUGGUUUGUGCCCGACACCGUGGAGGCACUGCUGACCCCCCGGGAGAUCCCAGCACUCUACCCUGGGGACCAGCUCCUCGGUUACUGCUCACUCUUCAGGGUGGAUGGCUUCCGGCCCCGCCCACCAGGGGGCCAAGAGCCUGGCUGGCAGAGCUUGGGUGGGUCCGUGUUUCCAUCCCCAGAAGAGGCCCCAUCUGCUGCCAGCCCUGGCACUGAGCCCACUGGCACCUCGGAGCCACUGGGAACAGGCACCGUGUCAGCAGAACUGUCCAGCCCAUGGGCUGCCGGGGACUUGGAGCGGACAGGUACUGAUGCUCUGACAGACCCAGUCACGGAUCCUGGACCCAACCCCUCCUCUGACACAGCCAUAUGGCGCCGCAUCUUCCAGUCCUCGUACAUUCGGGAGCAGUAUGUGCUCACCCACUGCUCUGCCAGCCCCGAGCCAGGCCCAGGCUCCACAGGCAGCAGUGAGUCCCCAGGCUCCCAGGGCCCUGGCUCCCCCGAAGGUAGUGCUCCCCUGGAGCCCCCUUCUCAGCAAGGUUGCCGCAGUCUGGCCUGGGGAGAACCUGCAGGCUCCCGCUCCUGUCCCCUGCCUGCACCCACACCGGCUCCAUUCAAGGUGGGGGCCUUGAGUACUGAGGUGCUGGGCCGUCAGCACAGAGCGGCUCUGGCUGGCCGAAGCCUCUCUUCACCUCCAGGCCGGGCAAACCAAGUCCCCGGCCGACCUCGGAAACCCUCUUUGGGUGCAAUACUAGAUGGCCCAAGUCCUGAGCCAGGCCAACAAUUGGGACAAGGCCUGGAUGACUCAGGAAGCCUGCUCUCCCCAGCCCCCAUGGACUGGGACAUGCUGAUGGAACCACCCUUCUUAUUCACGGCUGUGCCUCCCAGUGGGGAGCCAGCCCCUCCGGCAGUGCCUCCCCAGGCUCCACGCUGCCAUGUGGUGAUCCGGGGCCUGUGUGGGGAGCAGCCUAUGUGCUGGGAGGUGGGUGUUGGGCUGGAGACACUGUGGGGACCUGGAGAUGGCUCACAGCCUCCCUCACCUCCUGUAAGAGAAGCUGCUUGGGACCAAGCACUCCAUCGGCUGACAGCAGCCUCUGUGGUCCGGGACAAUGAGCAGCUGGCCCUCCGAGGAGGGGCCGAGACCACAGCAGACCGGGGCCAUGCCCGGAGGUGCUGGCUUCGAGCCCUUCAGACAAGUAAGGUCAGCUCUGCCCCUUCCUGCUUCACUUGCCCUGUAGCUGUGGAUGCUACCACUAGGGAGGUCCUGCCUGGGGUCCUGCAGGUGUGCAGCUCAGAGCCAGCUGAGCCCCCAGGAACCCCUCCUGCCGCUCACAGCCGUCUAGAUGCAGCUCCUCUGCCUACUGUUGUCUACUCUAAAGGUAGGGAAAGGGUAGGGGCACUUGGACUUAGAGACCACCCGCUGGCACUGAUGAUCCCCACUGCAGGACUUCAGGGAGGCUCUCCAGCAGGCGCCUGGGACUCGGACGGAAAUGGCAACUCCAAGUGUGCUUUGGGGGACGCUGCCACUCCCAUGGAAGGUCCUCGCUGCCCACCUCCCCGUUCUCCCUCUCGGCUUAGCCUGGGCCGCCGUCACAAACUCUGUAGACCUGACCUGGGCCAGGCCAACAACAGUGAAGGCAUCGACCAUGACUACCUGCCCCUGGUGCGGCUGCAGGAGGCACCAGGCUCCUUCCGCCUGGACGCGCCCUUCUGUGCCGCUGUGCGCAUCUCGCAGGAGCGCCUCUGCCGCGCCUCGCCCUUUGCCGUGCACCGUGCCAGCCUCAGCCCCACCUCGGCCUCAUUGCCCUGGGCACUUCUAGGCCCUGGUGUUGGUCAGGGUGACAGUGCCACAGCCUCCUGCAGCCCGUCCCCCAGCUCGGGCUCCGAGGGUCCGGGCCAGGUGGACAGUGGGCGGGGCUCAGAUACCGAGGCCUCGGAGGGGGCGGAAGGGCUGGGCGGCACCGACCUGCGGGGCCGGACCUGGGCCACUGCCGUGGCGCUCGCCUGGCUAGAGCACCGAUGCGCUGCUGCCUUUGGCGAGUGGGAACUGACAGCAGCCAAGGCUGAUUGCUGGCUGCGGGCCCAGCACUUGCCUGACGGCCUUGAUCUGGCCGCCCUCAAGGCCGCAGCCCGGGGGCUCUUCCUGCUACUGCGCCACUGGGACCAGAACCUGCAGCUACACCUGCUGUGCUACAGCCCAGCAAACGUGUGAAGGCUGCCCGCUGCUGCUUGGGUUGGCGCCCCACCCAACACACUAGACACUGCCGCCCAGGACUGGCCUCUUGGUGCUGGGAAGGUGUAGGCUGGUGCCAGCCUGUCCCCCACUGCUUCCUACUCCCUCCCUAGAGCCCUCUUGCCCCCACAAGAAGUGCCUGCCUGUGCUCUCUCCCGCUCCUCCCACCCCACACACCCUCCCCUCCAUCCUCUGAGCUCCCUGCAGCACAGUGGAAGGGGAGAGAGCCACAGUCCCCAAAUCCUAUGCAAUAAAGUGCCUCUUAGGACGGCU